CAUCGGAAAGAAGAAAAAAUGCCGAGCAAGAAGAGGAAGAGAGUUCAAGAAAGAGCGGCAAUUCACCCUCGGAAUAAAUACUCCGAAAACCCGCCAGAUUUCGGAGCCUUGGCGUCCAUUUAUCCCUCUUUCAAGCCUUACGUGUUCUACUCUUCUCGAGAUGGUCGGCCCAGAAUCGAUUGGACUGAUUACAAUGCCACCCGUGAGCUCACCAGAGUCUUGCUUCUCCAUGAUCAUGGCCUCAACUGGUGGAUUCCUGAUGGACAGCUUUGUCCUACUGUUCCUAACAGAUCCAAUUACAUCCACUGGAUAGAAGACCUCUUGUCAUCAGACAUUAUCCCGGAUUGUCGAGCUGAUGGGGAUGCUGUAAAGGGUUUUGACAUAGGAACUGGGGCCAACUGUAUUUAUCCUCUUCUUGGUGCGUCUCUACUUGGUUGGAGAUUUGUUGUUUCAGAUGUUACUGAUGUUGCAUUGGAGUGGGCUGAAAGAAAUGUUACAAGUAAUCCACAUAUCUCUGAAUUGAUUGAAAUUAGAAAAGUUGACAAUGCAAAGACAAUAGUUGAAGAGAAAGACUUGCAUGGUGGACUUGGCAGAGAUAACGAAAGCAUUGAAGAUUUGGGCAACACAAGAGCUGUUAUGAUAGGGCCUGAACCAUCAUCUUCUCUCGAGUUACAAUCUAUGGUUGAGAAGAAUUAUCAUGGCCCACCGAUACUUGCAGGUGUUGUUAAGGAUGAGGAGAAAUUUGACUUCUGCAUGUGUAAUCCUCCCUUCUUUGAGACAAUGGAGGAAGCAGGAUUGAAUCCAAAGACUGCAUGUGGUGGGACUGCACAGGAGAUGGUUUGUCCUGGUGGGGAAAAAGCUUUCAUUACUCGAAUAGUUGAAGAUAGUGUUCAAUUAAAGCAAUCUUUUCGGUGGUACACUUCAAUGAUUGGAAGAAAAUCAAAUCUGAAAAUCCUAAUAUCCAGGCUUCGGGAAGUUGGAGUCACCGUGGUGAAGACAACAGAAUUUGUGCAAGGCCAAACUUGUAGAUGGGGCCUUGCUUGGUCAUUUGUACCUCCAUCUAGGAAGAUUGUAUCAUCCAGUGCUACUGAGAAGAAUAACCUAUCUUUCAUGCUUGAGGGUAUUCAGCGCCAAUAUAGUGCUAUUCACGUGUUGCAAUCAGUGGAGUCCUUUUUGUGCAGUUGUGGUGCUUCUUGCAAAAUAGAUUCCACCUCCUUCAAGAUUGAUGUUAUUGCUUCCAAAGAUCAAUGUGAGUCGAUCCUUAACACUGAGACACAAAAUAUAUUUGCCACUCCAAGCUGUCCAUAUGAAUUGGGGAUGUCAAAUGGUCCAAAUGACCUUCAAUCCAGUGACCUGCACCUUAGCAUUUCGGAGGACCCGCCAUGGGGUCAAGUUGUUGACCAAAAUAACAUUAUCAUCUGA